CUUGUAUGCUUCCUGGAGGGACCUAGAUUCCACGCCUUCAGACCCAGACUUGUGGCCAGACGAGGUAGUCAGUCUAUUCCUGCUCCUCCUUGCCUUUUCCCCACACACUCGACGCCAUCAUCCUCUUCUGCUUCCAUAUCGGUAUCCCACCACCGCCACACAUGCGACCGCAACAGAACUUUGCCACUCACAUAGUCUAGUAUCAGACUAAACAGCAACACUCACACUCAAGCUACUCUAGCAGACAUGCACACCAAGAUCCUCAGUGUCGCAGCACCACCCAUUUCACUCCUUUCGCCACGCAAACCCUCGACCUCUCGCACUAAUGAAUGGCAGCCAAGCGAAACUUCCUCUUCUUCCUCCAGCAGCGCAUAUUAUGCGUCUGUAGCCACAAGUGACCCCUCUUCGUCCACAGCAACCCUGUCUGGGCCAACACGGUCAAUGCGAUCAAGGCGUCCUCGCCACUCGGUAGAGGAAACACAAGCAUACUGCGAAGCCCAACGGGAAGCCAUCGCCCUACUCAGUCUUUCCCCUCGCACUCGACGCACGGGACGCCCUUCUUCUCGUCAGAGUCAACAGCAAGGUAGUGAUGAAGACUCGGACUCGCACAAUCCCUUUCGAGCAUACAACCGGUUGGCAGAGACACGCUCACAGGAUGCAGCAGGCAUCUACCAGAGGGCAGGGGCGAGACAACAGCGUCCUUCUGGUCUGGUCUCCAAGGCAUCUCGUGGCAACGGGCAGUGGCAAGCACCUCCUCCUGUACAGAGUACCUCAGCUACCUCAAGGCCUACACCCGCGCAUAUGCGCUCAAGAGCAACGCCGCCUCCCUCCAGCAAUGCCAGCGAUAUGACUCCGGACUCUCCUCGCUCGCUAGUUGCCACCUCUGAAUCUCCUCGCCCCAGGCGCAGGGCAAAGAGUCUGGAAAGGGCAAUGGCUGGACUUGGCUGGUACUGGAGCAGCGAUGCGGAGUCGAUUUGGGGUCAGCCGAGAGCAAGUUCCAAUGAUUCGCGCCGAGCUAGUAUCGAGAGAGAGCGCAGCCGUACCGCUCCUCUUCCGCGGACCGACCUCUCGAAGCCUUACUCUACCUUGUACGAGGAGCAAGGAGAAGAAGAAGGCGAGCCUUCCAGAGCCUCGACUAGCUCGACUUCCCAGUCGUCCUUCCUGGCCGCAUACGCAGCUGGGGACUUUGAUAUACACGAGGCAGGCUCUCGUGUUGAGGACAGGGAUAGGGAAAGCUUCUCAACUGGAGACUGCGCAUUUCCAGCCCCAGUGCCAGUCUGGGAAGCUGCGAGAAAGAGGGCCGCUUGUCGCUUGGGCGUCUGGUCCCUUCCCAAGUCUGUCUUGCGCGACAUCGACGACGUACGGUCUGGUUUGGCAGAGAAGUUGGGAGCCGACAAAGAAGAGAUCAUGGCGGACAUACUCUUCGGAGAGGAGGGGUGGAAGUUCACUCUUGAAGGCCUGCUACACCACAAUAAUCUUCGCAGGAACACAGUCUGCGCCCACGUUAUCCUCAACCGUAAUCAGGGUCUCACCGUCGAUGUACGCAACGACUGGCGCUUUCAAAAGACACGCAUCCUCUCUCGUAUACAUACCGUAUCAGGAUUCCCCAUCACCUCUGCAACCGGUUUGCCCAUUGGUGGAAUCUGCCUGGCAGCAAGGACUUCUCGACCGACGAUUACCGAAGAGGAAAAGGAAUCAGUACGAGGCGCUGGAGAGGAGAUUAGUCGUCUUCUCGAGGCCAACUUUACUGCAAGCUUCCAUGUCAAGAUGGCCCGGCUGGCCGCGAUGUAUUCAGAGAUGACCAGCGGACCAUUCAGCCUGCAGAAUGUACGUCUACCCCGACUGGAUCUGGAGAGUGGGCAAGUCGAGGCUGCACAACAUGGUCACUACUUUGCUAUGGGGGACACUUCGGGUCUAUCGCUAGAUCAGUACUGCCAUAGGAUCGCAGAUGCCAUGAAGCUCGAUACCGUCUUCUUCGCCGCGCUCCUUUCGCAUAGCGACUCGGAGCAGAGCCCCGCUCGCCGCAACUCUCAGUCUGAGCCCAGCCAUCGCCUGGCCGUGCUUGGCAAGUCAGGCUCCGUCUGUCCUGUCGACCAGCAGAGCGUGGAUACCUUGCUUCGUGCCUUUGACAGCGGCAAUGACGAAGGCUGCCUCAUCCUGCAAAACGAGUUCGACCCGGAACGGCGUCAUCACCUUCCUCGACCGGCGGACAUGGGCGGGUCUGACUUCUUCAGCUGCGCCAUCGUCUUGCCGCUGAGCAUCGAGGCUCCCUCCCGACUAGUGCGCCGCUCGACGGAUUCAGCGCCAGCUAGCCCUAGGAGUCUGGGUGGUGUAGCAGAGCAGCAGCCGCACUUCUCGCAGCAUCAAGUAGUGAAGAUGAUUGCAUUUGCCGCUUCAAGAGACGAGCGUCACGUACUGGGAGUCGAAGACGUUCGCUUCCUCCAGUACCUGGGCCCUGUUCUCCAGUCCAACCUCGCAGCAUGCAUCCGCUCCUCUCCCAGCUCCCGUUCCUCCGAAGUAGGGGUCAUCUCCUCUUCGCCUUCUCACUCCUCUCGCUCCACCCCCUCCAUCGGCGGCGGCGGCGGCGGAGAACAGCCAUCCUUUCGCUCUACGCAGAUGAGCAGAGGCGUCGAUUCCUCCCGCUCAAGGGCUCUUCGCUCCUCGACCAGCAGCGGCAGUCGUGGCUACAGCCGUAGCGGCAGUGGCAGUGUCGGUGCCAGUGCCAGCCUACGCAACGCCACUGGAGCAGCGACGGAGAGUGUGCCCUACUCUGGUGUGCGCUCAUUGGACUAUGGUGUUCGUGGUAACGUCAACAGCAGUGCCGCCACCGCAAACCCCAGCGGGAGUGGGAGUGCGAGCACCACCGGACUUCCACUUGCUCCAAGUCUCUCCAUCCACUCACGAGGUGAAAUGCCAAUCUCCUACGAUCUAGAGCACGAGUCGGAGUAUGGGUCUUCUACCUCUCCUUCCCCCUCCGGGCUAGUAGGAGGUGUCCCCAUCUCCACAACGUCUUCAGGCGCAGAGCGCUCCAUGGGUAGGCGCUCCCACGCUUUAGCUCAACCUUUACACCUCCUCGCCAAUGCUACCCGUCUCGUGCAGGCAACGGGACGUAAAGGUAUGGCAAUGGGCCUCACGGCUAGUCGAAGCGGGUAUGAUCUAGCCAGACAUGCCAGUGGCGCAAGCGCGAAUAGCGCAAGCAGUGCUGGUGCAAGCGCAGGCGCAGGAGGAGGAGGAGGUGAAGGUAUUGUCAAUGGUGGUUCUAUCUUGGGAGGAAGAAGAGGCUCCUCGGUCCCUUUUCCCAGCAGUAACACUGUCAUCGCUGAGGACACAGAAGGUAAAGGGUAUGGCGCAGGAUUCGGCGGUGGUGGUGGUGGUGGUGGUGGUGGUGGUAAGAGAAGAGCUUCGACUGCUCCUGGCAUGGGCGUUGGAGGACGCGUUUGAUCCUGCAGGGACAGCGAAGACUCGAGAUCGAGUCGAGUCGAGGUACGGGCCCGGUCCCGAUCCUGGUUGGCGAGGUCAGGUCAAGUCAGGUCACAUCCUUUUUUUUUAACUGUAUCAUAGCAUAUACACUCGACGUGUGAUAUCCACAUUCUUUCCC